AUGGCGGAAAACACGUCAGAAAAUACCAUCUUUACGUACCAGAUGCCAGCCUGUCCUGGCUCUGACCGCCUUGGUAAAAUCUUAGUCAAAAAUGACUUCGUGAAAAUCAUCAUCUACAAUGCUCUUUUUGACGAACCACGGGGUACCUUCAGAGUUACGGAUGGCGUGUGGGUAGACUGUUUCCGAUCUGAUGUUGUGUACGAACCUCUCGAUCUGUCUCAGCCUAUGGUGCGAGCUAUUCGAUACUCCACAUUUGCAUACGACAAAAACAACAAGUUACCCAUCGUAUUGAUCCUAAACACUGAGAGCACGAGCAUCGAUUUGGACAGCGCCUCACUGUCUCCAACACUUGGUGGAUAUUUACCUGAUUGCAAAUAUUGGGCAACAAAGGCCGUAUUGAUCAAUGCACGUACGGUAAACGCAGCGACAUCCUCCAAUACCUGCAUCCCUCUCGCGAAAUUCAUUAUGCAGAAGGAGAGCUGCUUUUUGGAAUCAUCUCAAUGAAAAGAUGCCAUUCCUUUCCACCCUGACUCCAUUUGUAGGUCCACCUAUCUAAUGAUCGCACGAGAAAUUUCCCUUUCCCAGAGCAGAAAACAGUGUAGUCUAGCUUUAAAUUUUCCUGCUCCC